CAGAUAACACCGACUUCACCUUCGUCAUUCCUGAGGCCGGGCAGCAAAUUCCAUGGCACACAGCAGUCUGAACGGCAAAUCUACGACGUACAAGUCGAGAUCAAAUACGUCGACUUGCGCGAGUCAUAUCUUUGCGGCUACUUGAAGAUCCAAGGCCUGACAGAAGAUAACCCAACUCUGACUACCUAUUUCGAGGGCGAGAUCAUCGGUUCCAAGUAUGGCUUCACCACCAAACACGACACAUGGGGCGCCACGGAGAAAAUCGAUAUCAACCAUUGGAACAAGUUCAGCGCAUUCAGACAGUACUCGAAGCAGGCCCGGAAAGGCCCUGUUCAAAUUCACGAUUUGGCUAACCAGCAAAAUAUCUUCAUGCGGUGGAAAGAACACUUUCUCGUGCCGGACCAUAGGGUUAGGACGAUCAAUGGGGCCAGUUUUGAGGGCUUUUAUUAUAUUUGUUUCAAUCAAGCCAAGGGAUUGGUGAGCGGGAUUUACUUUCAUAGUAAAAGUGAGAAGUUCCAGCAGUUGGAGCUAAAGCAUGUCGAGGACCGCGGAUGUUUUGGAGCCAUGGAGUUCAGAUGA